AUGGAACACUCAUAUCUACAUUUGAGAGAGAACUUGCUUAAAAAGGACGAGAAAGGAAGUGAAACGGAAAAUGAAUUUCCGUUUGAUUCUACCUAUGACACUGUGGUUGGCGAGUUGCUGGUCGAACCGGUGGGCUGCGGAGGAGGAGGUGGGGGACGGGUUAUAUCCGCAGUAUACACAUUGAACGCAACUGAACAAACUAUUCCGACGGUAUUAGUGAAACGACGUCCUUCCACCACCGCCACUGUCGCCGCCGUAACGCAGAGACAUCGAAUAACAGGUUAUGUACGCCUCAUAGGAACGGGUAGUGCAGAGGGGGGAAAUAUGGAUGAGGCGAUCGAGUGCGAUCAGGCGACAGAACGCACACAAUAG